AUGGAUGCUAUGGAAAAAUUUCCUAAUCCUUCUUGUCCAUUAUUCAAUGUUACAGAAUGUGUACGUAUUGAUCAUAAUCUUAAGUCAACUGUUCAUGACAAUAAUCAUGAUGUACCAAUCUAUCUUACUUUACCUGAUCAUUCAAAUAAGUUAAUAUUACCUGCGCUUGACAGCAAAUCUCACCAUCCAGUUGCUUUCGAUUCAAAUUUAGAAAAUCCAAUACUCUUUGUACCAUGUAAAUCAUCUACUGAACAAGAAUCCAAACAGUUAUUUCGAUCGUGUUUGACAAGAACACCGUCAUCAUCAUCAGCUUUAUCAUGUUUACUCACUGGAUCGAAUUCUACAUCCAGUUCAACUAUGCGAACAAAUUCUAACCUACAGAAAACACCUGUUUGCUGCGUGAAUUCAAUUUGUUCGACGAAUGAAACUUGUUUAACUUCAUCGACUACUGAUUUGACAUUGAAUGCGCAUGUAAAAUCUGUUGGUUCGACAGUUAACGCACCUUCAUCAUCCUCAAUGUUAAAUGCUACUCAUUCACUGAACUACGAAUCACAGUCACAAAAACAUGUGUUUUUAGUUCCAUCUAAUAGUAUCGCUCUUAAGAAUUUGAUACAGGUUCCACAAGGUAGAAAUAUUGUUUCAGAUGAUAUGAAUUCACUUAACUCAUCUAACUGUCAAUCAUUUGUUGAAAAUUCAACUUCCGUGAUAAAUUCCGGAAAUAAUAUUACUGCUGUUAAAAAAUCUUCAAUCAUCUGUCAUUUUCCCGCAACAUCAAUGCCAACAGCAUCAACAACAACGACACUACCAACAACAUCUGAUAUACCAUCAUACUCCAUUGAAGAUAAAGACCGAAAUUUUCCAAAGGGUCGUUCAUUAAACAAUGAUCCAAUAGUGUCAAAUAUUUCUGUAGAGGAUCGUCUCUAUGGCAUAUGGCGUCAACUUAUACCACAUUGUGCAUCAAAUCAUAUAUUAGUUUGGGCUCAUCAACAAGGUGCCAAUGCAUUUAUUCAUCCAUUCAAACCGAUGCCUGAUGUGUUUCCUGGGUUUUCAUUACCAGUUCCAAUUAAUUCACGUAAGAAAUUGUCUUCAACUCCUAUCAACACGGAUAUAAAACAAAUGUCAGAAAAACCGAUUAUCCCACCUACCAUACAUAAUGAUUCCAUGCUUGAUAAAUGUCCGGAAUCCUUAUCCAAUAACCACAACAAUCUGGAUUCUGUAGUUCAGCACAACUCUAAGAUGCGGAUUAAUAAACAAUUAGAGUGGUCAACUGGUUGUUUAUCGAAAGUAUUAAAAUCACCAGUUGUUCUGUCUGAUACAGUAUCACAUAACACUUCUAAAAAACCACGUUUAUCUAAUGAAUGCGAUGGAAAUAAUCCUUCUACACAAGUUGCAUAUAAUAAUGUGCCUAGUGACUAUCAUAACAAUGGCAUCAAUAAUAUUGACAAAGCAAAAAUACGUUUUACAAGAAGACGUCAUUUAUCUUCUGGACCUAUACUUAUGACCCAUAAAAAUGAAAAUAGUACACGUAAAAGUGCAUAUAUUUUGGAGCCUACAAAUGAUAAUUUACCUCUCAUUACAAAUGAUUAUGAACAAUCUCAACAAAAUAAACCUCUUGUGACUAUCAACACUAUUCCUGAUGAAAUUAGAGAAAUACUUCCUAAAGUUUCAACUGGACGUUUAUGGUUCGAUCGACGUAUUUAUGGACCAUGGAGACAUCAUGUCACUCCAGAAGCCUCAAGGCGUGCAUUUUGGUUACCAAAUGAUAACGGCUUAUUAGUUAAAAACAUUUCAAAGAAAAAUGCCUCAAAUUCUAUUACAAACCAAACUGAAAAUAAAUUAUGUGUUGAUAAUUUACCAGCAGUAAGUGGUAGUGACUUGGAUGCCAUGCGCUUCGCUAAACAUGGUGGUGUCAUACCUCAAAGUGUUGGUAUAUGGUCUGAUAUCAUUUCAAAGGAUAAUAAUAAUUCAGAUGAAUUUUUACAACUACGUUUAGCAAGAGCAUGGCAACGUAAAGCGGAGCGUUUAUGGCGUGAGUUGACAAGUCGUGUAAAAGCUGUUGUAUUUACUGAUUCAGCAGAUGUGUUGGAUUUAUGUGCAGCUGGGGUUGGAUGGGGGUUGAAUAUCCUUAAUGAACAGAAUAUUAAUGAUAAUGAAUUACCCUGUAUUUAUAAGCCUACAAUAUAUCAGCAAAAUAUACCAGAAAAAGUCUUACAAUUCAGAGAAUGGUUAUCACAGAAUUCAGUGAACUAUGUAGCAGCCAAUCUCAAAUUAGGUACACGACUCAAUCCACAAGUUAAUGCACAACGACAUGCUAUCCCAACACUGUCAUCAAGCACAACAGAACAUGAUCUCAUUCCUAGUACUGUAUUACAUCAUAUAUUUGAUUUUUUCCGAUCAAAAUUACAACCAUCAUUUCCCAAGGAAGACAGUGAACAUACAAAAUCAGAAUCACCUUCAACAACCGUGGAAAAUAGUACGUGUUCAAUGUUGUCAUCUGUACAUUCAUAG